UGCUCAGGCUAGAGUGCAGUGGCACAAUCUUGACUCACUGCCAUGCCUGCCUCCCAAGCUCAAGCAAUCCUCCCACCUCAGCCUCCUGAGUAGCUGGGAACACAGGUGCGUGCCACCGUACCUGGCUAAUUUUUUUGUAUUUUUGGUAGGGACGGGGAUUCACCAUGUUGGCCAGGCUGGUCUUGAACUCCUGGCCUCAACUUAUUUGCCUGCCUUGGACUCCCAAAGUGCUGGGAUUACAGGCAUGAGCCACCGUGCCCAGCCAGGACAUAUUUUCAUUUUGAGUUCAGUGUUCUCUUCCAAGCACAUCCAGAUUAUUUGUAGAAUUCAGUUUCUUGCAGUUGUAGGACUGAGGUCCCCAUUGCCUUGCUCGCUGUCACCUGGGAUCAUUGUCGGCUGCUAGAGGCUGCCUGCCUUCCUUGCCAUAGGGUCUUGUCAAUCUUCAAAGCUGACAAUAGAGAAUAUCCCUUUGAUAAAUCCCUCUGAUGCUUCAAACCUCCGACUCCAGGAAGAUGUCAGUCCCUUUUGAGGGUUUACCCAAUCAAGGCCAACCCAUCCUGGAUAAUCUCCCUUUUUCAAGUCAAUUGUGUCAUGUAACAAACUAAUCAGGAAAAUGAAAUCCACCAUAUUUAAAGUCCUGAGGAUUAUGCAGGUGUGUAUAACAAGGGGUAGGGUCAUGGGGGUCCAUUUUAGAAUUCUGCCUGCCACAACAGGGGUUUAGCAGUUAUCAGUGAGUUCUAAUUAAGAGAAACUUGUCAAUAAUGAGAUUUCUAGUAGGUAAAGUUUUAUUUUAUGAGAAAAAAUCUAGCUAUUGUUUAAAUAUGCACAUUUAGAUAUUGUGAACCCUCAUGAAUACAUAUUUACUGGCAUGCAAAUGAUUCAUUUGGUUUAUAAUUUAACAUUGUAUUGAGAACAAGCCAAAGUUUAAUAAUUAAUGGAGGGAGAUGGGAAAGUGGAGUGCAUUCUUGAAUCUAUUUUUUAAUUACAAAAAGAGCUCUGCUUCUGCAUAUAUUAAUUUAAGAUUAAGACCUUCCACCAGUUUGCUAGUUAUUGCUUCCUUUUUUUCAUCUUUGGCUGAAAGGAUCACAUUCCAGGUACGGACUUGCUGGUUUUCCCCUCUUAGAAAGGAUUACUAAUUAAAUUGCCUCUUAAAGUAAGAGACUUUGCUGAUUUAACCUUGGCAGGCAAUUGCCUGUACUCAGUGUUGCCUGGAAAAAUGAUUUCUCUGGAUGAGAAUGCGAAUCUUUAUUCUGAUCCUGUUUUUUUUUUAACUGUCUUCAGUUUAUAGUCCAGUGUUUGUUUUCAUUCAAGAAGACGGUGAGAAUAGUGUAAGACACGACUCUCCUCUGAAGCCUAUUUCAGUUCACAGUGUAUAUUCACAGAUGAAGAAACAAAAUGUAGGUAAUACAUUUUGUGCCACUGAUUUAUGUAUUUAUUGAUCUGUCGCCCAGGCUGGAGUGCAGUGGCACGAUCCCCGUUCACUGCAGCCUCUAACCACUGGGCUCAAGCGAUCCUCCUGCCUCGGCCUCCCAAAGUCCUGGGACAGGACACGCCUGGCACAGGGGUGUGCCACCACACCCGGCCUGCCACUUAGUAUUUUGUCAGAAGGAUCAAUGCUUCAAAAAUUUGUUUUUGAAAGAAACAGACCCUUAGAGAAAUGGCUUGAAUUAGUCUUGAAUUAGUCAUUUUCCCCACUUUCAGACACUAGGAAAAGCUCUCCUUUCCUCCUUAACAGUUUGUUGAGGUUUCUCAAUACUGAAGUCACAACCAAACCACAUGGGGUUAUCGCAUGGAGUCCUGGUUGUAUCGUCCCAAGUAGCAAGAAAGAAAGAGGUCCUGCGGUCCUCCCGAAGGUGGACAAAGUCUGUGAUCCCCUCACGUUCUAACCUCACCGUUGUACGAAGGGGCGUUGAUUUGUCUCCACUCCUUCCCUCUCCGGUAAAGAGGGAAAGGAGUUGAGUUGGCAAAUCUGUUACAACAGAAAGGGAAAGGCACUGGGAGAAGGCGGAGCGGGGGCGUCUUGGAGCGCUGAUCGGGCGCCGAAACGCGGGGAGUCUGGGGCCAAGGGCUCGAACCAGGGGGCCCGGGAGCAGCAGCCGCCCGCUCCUCACGCCGCCGCCGCCGCCCCCGCGGUUGCCUGGACACGGGAUAACCGACUUGGGGCCUCGACCGCAGCAGAGCCGGAGGGGUGGGCAGGCGCGGGUCCAGGAGACGCGCGGGGAGACGCGCGGAGCCGUGUCUGCUCAAUCAAAUCAAAUACUGAACAACUUCCUGGCGGAGAGGCUGAGAAUUUUAUACUUGCUUGCUCUAAAGCACCCCAAAUAAGAUGAUCCACUCCAACACCUCCCCUUUACAGGUUUUAAAAUAUUCUUAUAACUAUGACUGAAAACAAGACAGUUUCCUCUUCUUCCACUAGAGGUGAUCAAACCAAUAUAGGUUUAACAUGUCAGGAAGUAAAGGCUCUCAGAGAGAAGGCAUGGUCAAGGACAAAUGAAGGCAAUGCCACGUCUCAAAGUUUGGUUUUAUAUGGAGCCUCUAAGGAGAACAGUGAAGGUUUUCAUGAAAGUAAAAUGACAAAUACUGAAGGGGUGAAUAAAGGCAUUUACUUUAGCUACCCAUGUCGACGUCACAGCUGUGCCGUAGUAAACAUCCCAGCACCUUGUGUCAACAAAAUGAUUUCACACAUCCAAGAUGUGGAGUCCAAAAUACAGGAGCAUUUGAAAAGGUUUGAAACUUCUUUUGAAGAAUGGAGAAGAACUUCUUCCACAAAAGACCUGAAAGAAGAUUGGAGUGUAGCUACACCAGUGAAAGAGGUCAAACCAGGAGAAAAGAGAGAUGAAAAGUGUCCAGAGUUAAAGCAGGAAAUGGCAACGUUGCUCUCAGAGGCCAUUCAUCUCGUUAAAAGUCUGGAAACUGACCGGGCAGACGCUGAAGAAGCUUUAAAACGACAGAGGUCAAGAAAGAAUAUGAUUAAUAUGAAAAUUGACUCUUGGUCAGUCUGGAAACUUCAAGAACUCCCAUUGGCUGUGCAGAAAGAACACGAGGCCUAUUUGAGCGAUGUUAUAGAAUUACAAUGGCAUCUUGAAGAUAAAGCUAAUCAACUACAACAUUUUGAAAAACAAAAGACAGAGUUAGAAGAAGCAAAUGCAAAGAUUCAAGCAGACAUAGACUACAUGAAUGAACAUGGCCCUCUACUGGACUCUAAGCAGAAUCAGGAACUUCAAGAUCUGAAGAACCAUUAUAAAAAAAAAAUGAAGGUAAUGGACCUACACAGAAAAGUUAAUGAAGAACUUGAAGAAGCUUUAGAAGGCUGUGAAAAUGCCAGAUUGAAGGCUCAGCAAAUUAAAGAAGAGAUGGAUAAAGAUAUUUACCAGGAUGAAAAAACCAUAGAGGCCUACAAGAGAGAGAUAUAUCAACUUAACAGUCUAUUUGAUCAUUACUCUUCAUCAGUGAUAAAUGUUAAUACUAAUAUUGAGGAGAAGGAAGAGGAAGUGACUGAAGCAAUAAGGGAAACAAAGUCAUCAAAAAAUGAAUUACAUUCUCUAUCAAAAACGCUGGAAGACUUGAGAAGAGUUUAUGACCAACUAACAUGGAAGCAAAAAAGUCAUGAAAAUCAGUAUCUGGAAGCAGUUAAUAAUUUUUAUGCUGCAAAAAAAACAUGGGAUAUUGAGCUUUCUGAUGUUGCAAAAGAUUUUUCAGCUAUUUCUUUGGCAUGUACAAAACUGACGGAAGACAAUAAAAAACUUGAGAUUGAUAUUAACAAAAUAACAGAAAAAAUCAAUGAAAGUAUAAGGAAAAAAUCAGAAUAUGAAUCUGAAAUAAAAUAUUUGACAACAAUGAAGUUAAAGAAUGAUAAGCAUCUCAAGAACAUCUAUAAGGAGGCUUAUCGCGUCGGUACUCUUUUCCACAUAACCAAACACAAGACAGAUGAAAUGGAAGAUAAAAUAGCAGAAGUGAGAAGAAAGUUCAAGGGUAGAGAAGAAUUCCUGAAAAAACUCACUCAAGGUGAAGUGGCUGCUGGAAUGGUGCUUCAGAAAAAACUAUAUUCCAUUUACGAAGUCCAGGCACUUGAGCGGAAAGAGCUUCUAAAAAAUAGAGCAAUAUGUGCCAUAUCACUGGCAGAACUACAGGAACCUCUGCUUCAACUAGAAGAUGAAGCUGAAAGAAUCAGAACUCUCUACAAAGAACAUUCUGUUAUGCUUAAUAAUAUAAUUGAUCAGAAAGAUCUUAUUAGAAGAAAGGUGGGAAAAGUGAAGAAAAAAUUACGAAAAAAGGGGAAGAAAACCCUUGAUGCACUAAUAGAAACUGAGAGUAAACACUCAGCAAUUUUUAAAGACCUAGAAGCAACUAAAAGUAAGACAAUAAUCUUUUAUGCAAAAAUAAAUGAAUUGAAUAAGGAAUUAAAAGCAAAAGAGGAAGAAAAGAAAAGUUUUGAUCAGACACUUGAAAUAUUAAAGAACAAAUUUGUAACUAUGAGAUUUAAAAGGGAACAUGCACAAACUGUGUUCGAUCAUUAUAUGCAAGAGAAAAAAGACUGUGAAGAGAGAAUCUUUGAGGAAGAUCAGAGAUUUAGAGUGCUCCUUGCUGUAAGACAAAAAACUCUUCGAGAUACCCAAAAGUCCACUGGUUUCUCUGUGACUCUCCAGGGAAGUUCACUUUCACAAAGUAACAAAGGACAUUGGUUCAUUUUCAUCUUCUGGUUCCAGCAUCACAACUGAAGCCCUUCAUGGUCUCCUUGACAAUAGAAGAGAAAGCUGAAGGGUCACAUACCAUCCAUUUAGUGUCUUGGCCUCAAAUUUAUUUAUGUGUAUUCUGUUCAUGACCCAUUUGUGCAGAACUAUUCUCAAGGCCCUUCCUAAUUGCAGUGGGGCUGAGAAAUGUGUGUGAGCCUAUGGAUAUUUGGUAAGGAGCCGAUGUCUCACAAUAAUGCUAUUAUAAUUUUAAAAACUUUGCAAAAUUCUGGGUCAAUAUUGUGCUUUAUGAUGAACUAGAUAACAUUUCAAGUGUACUAUACCCAAUAAAUCAUACUUAAAAUUGAAGAGCACAAGGAUAUUCUUAGCAAGAGGACUAUAACAAGUUGGGAAAUUAGUGGAGAUAUUGUAUAAACAUGAAUGUUCCUGUCCUGAGCCUGGAAAAUAGCAAAAAUUCAAACUCUUUUUAAAACAUAGUUUUAAAAAUACAAGGCGUUUGAGAAAAAGUGAAAAACCCCAAUUUGAAAAGAAGGUUUAUAAAUGGAAUCAUGAGAAAUAUUUUUUGAUUGGUAGAAAGGAACCAGGUGGUAGAGACUAUGAAACGGACUAAUUCAAACUAAUUCUUGAAACAAUUAGUCCAAACCUUUUAAAAAUCAUUUUAAAUCAAGAGUGGUUAGAUGUCUGGAAAUUAAGCUCAUGAUUAUCAGAUAUAAAACUGCAAAUCUUGACCAUCAAAAUAAGGAGAUUCUUUGAACACUAGGAGGAAGACUAUGGAUGCUGGUUAGAGAGAAAUAAUGCAUAUGCAUUAUUUUAAAUAUAUUUGCCUAGUCCUUGUGUUAUCAAUAAAUUACUAAUAGCCUUCAAAACAAAUUUCAUAGGAAGUGAUAAUAAAAUGGUAAUCUUGGUCAAUAGGCCACCAGGUGAUUCAUGGCACUGUUAUUCUAGGAAAAAUACUGCUCCUUUGUUGAGUUCUAAUUUUCUUCCUUCAGUCUUUUCAUUACAUUUCUUCAGGAAUUAUUUUUAUUCUGCUGACUUUUCUGUUAUUUCGACAUUUUAAAACCGAGUAUGAUUUUAGAUUUGAUUUUUUCCUGAAAUUACUUCUACAAUUAUUUCCUCCAGCCUUCUCAACAUUAGAAAUUUGGCAGCAUAACUGAAAGUAGUGCAUAAGGAACGGAGAUUAUGAAGGGAACAAGCAUAUAGUUUAGGGGUAGCUGUGGUCAGUCACUUCAUUCUCUUCCUCUCCGGACAUAAUGACAAUAGGCUUGAAAAAAGAGAAACUCACCUAUUCAUUGAAUCAAGCUGCUUCUGCUAGCACUAUAAUAUUAUAAUAUCUUUAACACUUGUUUUAUAAUUUGUAAAGAACUUAAUAUUAAAGUAUGACCCAUUAUACUGACAUUUCAAUGUCACAAUAUUAAAAUAUUGUGCCAUUUAAGAAUAAAUCCUAGAAGGAGCAGGCAUGUAAAACAGGACAAAUUUAAAGAAAGCAAAAUAAAAUCACAAAUGACAUCUAGUGAAAAAACCUUGAAAGGGAAUUGUCUUUAAUUAGUUCACAGUUGGAGAUGGUUCAUACUGCUUAUUUUAGUUAAGUCUUUCAUUUGAGGAGAAACAAGCUAUUUAACUUUCAGGAUGCUUGCGGGUAGUUGGAGAGCAACUUGAAUCCUCUAUCUUGCUGAAUAAAACUCUGCCUUCAAUAUAGUAUAAUUUUGAUAGGGAAGAAUAUCAUCUACAAAAUAUAAUCUAUUGGGAUUUGUCACACAUUAGAACAAAAACUCAAAGGUGGUGCAGUAAAGUAAAUUUAUGGCAUGUUUAUGAGUCUGUGUAGGAGUCAUUGAUAUUUAUUUUAAUGAGUAAAAUUGGCUCAGAAGCAUUUCUAAGUAGAUAUCCUUUCUACUGAGCCCUAAUACAAGAUCUAAGCUUAUGGUGAAAAGAAUCCCCUGGUUUACAAUAUGUGGUAGAUUUUUCUAUGUAGAGAAUAUAAGGAAUGAAAGAAAUUCUGAUAAACAUGUUAAUACUUCGGUUUUAUAAAGGUUUAUGAACAAAUAUCCUCAGAAAAGAAUGAAACUUUUACACUAAUAUUCCACAAGCCUGCUACUUUGCUGAAAUCUGGUUUUGUAAUGUACUUAUAACCAUCCACGCUUAUCUGUUGUUCACACAAGGUCUACCCACUUCAAGUAUCUCUAUAUAAUAAUAUUAGGGAACAUUAUUUCACUACAGACUUCAUGAAAACAAUGGAAUCCUACCAAAGUUGAAGCUGCACCGUGAAUGAUAGCUCUAUGCAUUUGUAUAACACUUAUUUAGUCAUAAUCUGUUUACAACAAUAAUAUAGAGAUACAGCAGAGGAUAUUCAGGGGCUACAUUUAUAAAUUUCCAGUUCCUCCUAACUCACAAUGUGAUGAGAACACAUAGCAAGUGUAACCACGAAAAUAGUCUUUGGUUUUUAUUUAUAUUCUGCUUCUAGGUUUUGUGAUGCUUCUAUGUGUAUGUUCAAGAAAAUUCUUGUGUCGUGCUCUUCUUCACUGAAAAGAUACUUUCCAGUGUGAUGGUCUCAAACUCUGUAUUUAUCCUCAUUCCCAAAAUUCAAUUAAAACAUAUUAUUUGUGAUGACUGUUUUGCCCAAUAAACUCUGCAC